GAAACCAUCAAAUAUCCUGGUCAAUUCACGGGGUGAGAUCAAACUUUGUGAUUUUGGCGUAAGCGGUCAGCUCAUAGAUUCAAUGGCAAAUUCAUUUGUUGGAACGAGGUCAUAUAUGUCGCCUGAGAGACUACAAGGCACACAUUACACGGUACAAUCCGACAUCUGGAGUCUGGGUCUAUCGUUAGUCGAGAUGGCCAUUGGACGUUACCCCAUCCCACCCCCCGACGAGUCGGCACUGGCCAACCUCUUUGGUUAUGAACUGCAGGCGGGAGAGGCCAAGACUGUUCGGAAAACAAGAGUUGGAGGUGUAUUUUCAGAUUCCCCGAGACCCAUGGCUAUCUUUGAAUUACUCAAUUAUAUCGUAGAGGAGCAUCCACCCAGGUUACCAUCCAGGGCCUUCUCAGAAGAAUUUGUAGAGUUUGUUGACGUAUGUUUGAUCAAGAAUCCAAAUGAUAGAGCAGAUCUCAAGAGACUUAGGAAUCACUUGUUUGCAGCACAAUCAGAGGAAGCAAGAGUGGACUUUGCAGGUUGGAUCUGCGCCACUAUGGGUCUCAGCCCUCCCCCUAACGACACAGCCACGCCCCUACAGACAGCCGUUUAGAGAAAAACCACCCCCUCAUCGUUGCACGUCUAAAAUGAAUAAGAAAUGAAACUGCACUCCCAUUUUGUAUGUCAAUGUUCCAAAGAAACGUUAUAUACUGUGCUCCUAUGCUUUUGUGGAGAGAAAAGAAAAGCUGCUUGUCUGAGGUUUUGAAAGUGUGAUUGUUGCGAGGAAAAAGAAGAUGGCAUGUAAAGGACUAGAUUAGAGAUUAUAUUUUUUCUUUAUUUGUACAGGUACAUGUACAUUUCGUCUGUUGCCAUGUCCAGUUUUCCCCAAGAAUUGAUACACCGAAACGUACAAGAGUAGAAGAGCAGUUCAUUAUCACUCACAGAUUAAACCCAUUCCAACUCAUUAUUAAUGAGUUCGGUCCUAGUAUGAUGUCUAUCAUGCAUUUAUAGGGCUCCUAAUAGAAAGUGGAGUUUGGGGCCAUCUCAUAAAGCCGUUUUUAAGUUUCACUUGACAGUUGUCCCUUGUUUAUGCUUUAGUGUAAUGCAUCGAUCGAUGCCAAACGGUUUAGGUCAAACCAGAGUUCAGAAUAGAGGACUAUAUGUGUACUAAUUACAUUGAAUCAUUAAAGUUACCUGCAUUGCCUAUACACACAUGACAGAGAUAAGACUUUGUGGGACUGUGAGCACACUCAGUCAAUGGAUCAUGUACUGGAGGGCGGCGGAGUAAUUUUCAUCAAAGACUUCACCCUUGACAAUUGAGAGCAAUGAAUGAUAAUUUCUUAUCAUUUCUUUUGAUCACCUGACAGUUGAUAUUAAAGUUCUUAUGGAGGAUACAUUUGAUUGGAAUCAGGAUGGUUUGAUGGAUUUCUGGAAGGUUUGAAGUGUUAAGACCAUGGGAACAUCAGAUUGACAAGUUCUCGGGCCUGUCUUACAAAGACUUGCGUUUGAUCCGAUCAGUCGUAAACUAUGGCCAAAAGCCAGCAAAGUCAACAUAUAAAAUGCAUGUUUGCUCAAAAAUUUUUCUAGAUAUGAAUGUAUAUCCAUAAAUUCAUUGAUUUCUUGACAAUUUGGUGUGUUCUUCUUUGUUAACAAAGGACAUUUUGCAAAUUUCCUAAGAAAAAAAAAAUUAUGACACUGAUGGAUUUCCAUAGAAUUACGAUUUAUUGGCCCCCAGUCCCCUCCUCCUCACCCCUGUAUGAUCUACCAAGAAAAUGUAGUUGGGGUUAAAACCAGUGGCAAACCCCCUUCUACUGGAGGGGUCCAAAUGUUCCCAUAUUUUUAAAUGAAAUUGGUCCAUUUCUUUUUUAAAAAGUCCAAACAAAAUGGCUGGAGUGUAUUUUACACGUCAUAUAAAAAUUGAGAGAUGAAAAUGAACUUGUCUGUUUGUCUUUGUACCCUUAAAAUCAAUUAAUAUUUUUCUUCUGAUGUUUCAUCUGUUUCUUCACCAUCCUUGUGAAUCUUUUGUUUAACUAGGAUAAUGAGCCCAUGGGCUGUGUAGAUCUGCAAAACUGACAAUCAGCAUGAAGAUUUCAUCAAAUCGAAAUCAAAAGCAGACACAAUUUUUGUUGUUUCAUCGUUGUAUUAGAAAUCCAUUUUUAAUUUUUGAGUUAAGUGGAUUUGGCUCCUGAUAUUUUCAUUGUAUGUCAAAUGAAAAGUUUUUCAUCACCUGACACUUCUCUUACAGUUUCUUGUGAGCUGACAUUAUCUCAGAACUGUCUUUAGCUCGUAUAUGAGUAACCCAUUUUUUGUAUUUUAUCACUUCUGAAGAAAAAAGAAAAUCACACGAUUGUAAUCCUUCCUUCAAAUAUUUAAUUCUACUUUUAGCUUUAUACAUGUGCAAUCAUGUUUUGGGGUGUCAGACUCAUCCUUUUAUUAAUUCAAAUUGUAUAAUUCUAUUCUUCUAAAGAUUUAAAUACCAAUGAUCAUGAUAAGAGAUUGUAGAGUUUUGCUAGGCAAGCGCAGUAAGGAUGUAAUUAGGAGUUUUGAUAAAAACGCUGGUCAUCAAAAGCAUCAGGUUGAUAGUUCAUUUAUAAAUAUGUAUUGUUCAAGUGAUAGCAAAUCAUUUUAAACACGACCUUUACAAUUUUUGGUAGUGCCAACUUCAUUUGAAGUUCAUGCAGACUAAUUGUCACCGAUUUCACAAAGUGUCCCAACAGCCCUAGAUAUUGAAUGAAUAUUUUUAUGUCAUGGGGUGUUGUGGCACAGUAAACUAGUCUAUGGACUUUGAAACAAAGGGUCGUGGGUUUGAAUCACAACCAUGGCGUAAAUUUCUCUGGCAAGAAAUUGAUUCAUAUUGU